CUGACGUUCUUGUCCCGCGCAUGCGUAUUGACAUGAUGGGAAUUUCCAACAGCUGAGAAGGCGUCGCUAGCUACGGCUAUCACUUGUUUAAGUUUGGAGCUGGCUCAGGACAAUCACACCAUUAGGAUUCUGACUUGAUGAGUCCGCGUGACCUUGCAUCACUGCACUUUCUGAUUCAGUGGGAUGUAUUAGCUACAAAGUUUUUUUCUUUUUAACAGAGUGUCGCAAAAGACAGUACUCAAAUCAUGCAAAGCAACAUUGGCUGGUGUCUCUGAAAACAAAUCAGUGUUAGAGCCAGUAACAGAGAUGCCCAUAAGACGACAUCCGUGCAGCCGGCAGCUGAACCACCACAACUGAGUGUGGCACCUCUUUGUGGAGAGAAUGUCUUGCUGAGACUCAUUUCUUCUUCACCCUCAAUAACGUUAUAAACGGUCUACGAAGGGGGUGAGGCUCUCUCAAAAAAGGCAAACAGCUGACUAUUAGGCUGCUGCAUAAAAUGGAUGCAAAGUUAAAGGAGGACCUCUUUCGAAGGUAUGUGGGGGCACUGGAGCGGCGCCUGGAAGAUGGAGGGGGAAUGUCUGUGAUGGCAAAUUCACAUGAUGGUGACAAAAAGAGACACAAGGACAGCGAGGCACUACUUUCCACAGCCACAGCGCUACUUGGGGCCUAUCAGCCAGAUCCAGGACAGCGUUUCCGCAUGGUGCGCUUUUAUGAAGUUGUAGAAAGUUCGCUUCGCUGCCAAAGAGGAGGCAACCUCAGGAGCUUGGAGAGAGCUUUCCACACACUGGAAACAAUCUGCACCAACCUUUUGCUCUUCCCCUGGAAGAAAGAAUUCAGAUGUAUAAAGACUUUCACUGGCCCAUAUGUGUACCAUCUAAAGGCCGCAAUUUCUGACGCUGAACUCCGAUCUCUAAUGCGCACAAUUGGCUACACCUGCGACCAUGACUCCCAAUUCUAUUUUCAGGAACAUCCAGGAGGCUCGGGUUAUCUCCGCCAGUUGGCUUUUGAGCUCUUCCUGGCCCAGGCGGAGUGUCGUCUUUUGGGAGAGGUAGUGGCUCUGGCCCGCGGUUCCGCAUCAGAGUUGGAGGCCCUGGAACUCCGCAAGGGCUGCCGAGAUGAUGCAGCUGGCUGUGCUGAAGCGCUUCGCAGACGUGACAGCCUUGGGGCUGAUAUGGCUCGUCUAUCUGUGCAACCUCUGGAUAUUGAGAGGCCUCAUGUUCACCACCUGAGGCGAGGUAGCCGACCGUCAAAGUCUGUGGAUGUGACAGAUGGGGCAGGUCACUGGCACGCAGCAGUUAGUAAACCGAUUUUGAAAGCCUCAUUGAGUCUGAGGAAGGAGCCUCUGUUUGUGGAUGCAGAAGAAGAUAUGAAGGAUGAGAUCAUCAGACCCAACACCUCGACAUCUCUUUUCUCCGUGGCAGCACCCCCGUCCUACAGCCCCAUUGCAGAUUUCUUCCCCACGCAGUCACCCCCCCUGGCUGAUGCUUACACAUCCUACCACCUCUCGUCAUUGGAUGAGAUUGACUUGUACACAGAGCGAGGCGUGAGUGGAAUUGGUGGAAGGCAAACCCCUUCACGACCUGUGUCCCGAGAGCCCCGAGACGCCAGAGAUGGGUGGCUGCUCAAAGCCCACGGCAGUGUGAAGUGCCAGGGCUGUGGGAUGGGCUGCUCUACGAUGGCCUCCUGCCAGAGGUGUGAUGUGAUUCUGUGCGCUGCCUGUCACGAUGUUGAGCCUGCUCCUUGCUGUAGCCUGCAGGACUACCACCCCAAAUCUCCACGACCACUGGAUGGAUAUAUUCCUGUGAAGGAAAAGCUUUCUGUCUACUCAAACACUCAUUCCUACUCGCAUCUCCACCCCCACCCACUCACACUGACCCAUUCUCACACGCAUUCACACCCUCACUCCCAAAUGGUGGAUAAACCUUUGCUGUCUACUAAGUUGUUUCCAAGCAAGUCUGCUGCUUUGACGACGCCAAAGGGAGGCACGAGUGAGCGCAUCAGCAUGGGGGUAUCGCGAUGCGGGUUUUGCAACAAGCCAGGUGCAUCUCACACCUGUGUGAACUGUUCUAAGGUGUCAUGUGACUCAUGCAUGGGCUUGUAUGCCAAGGAUAUGUGCACACGUAAGAAUCCCCAGCACAUGUUUGUGCCCAACCAUCAGCUCAACUUUAAAUCUGGCACCAUCUCUCACAUGGUGUACCGAUGAUCCAGGUAUAGGCUUUGCUUCUCUGCUUUUAGUUUCCUCCUUUAAAAGGCAACAUAGCCUUGCAUUGAUGCUUACGAUCACUUGCAAUCUCCCCUUUUAACUUUUUCAACUCCAUACCAUUUAUGUUCUCUCUCUGUUGGUUAGGCCAUCAUGUUUGCUCAAAGUUCUGGCCUUUUUAUCUACUGUAAUACUUUCUUUUGCCUUGCUAUCCACUCUUUAAUAGUCAUGUGAUGUUGUAGCACUUUUGCCCUCUACAUGGGAACUUAGAGUUUAAGACCUUCUAAUUACAAAUUCCAUCCAAAAUUAUAUAUACUUGUAAGCUAAUAAAAAAAAUAAAUCAUCAAAUAUAAAUAAAGUACCGGUAUAUGUAUGUGUGUGCUUGCACGCACCUGUGUGCGAGCACUUAAAAUACCUACAGCGGGAAAAAAUUACUUUUUAAAACUUGAAAAUAGUGAUAAAAGAUACACUGGAAGUUAGUAACCUAAUAGUAUAUAUUUUAAUCUCUAGUCUGUAGAACAAUGUGAAACUUUUGAAUAGAUGAAGACUAAGUUGGAAGUACUGUAAUGUAUCUCAAAGGGACUGACUGAGACAAUGAGCAGAUGCCAUAUUCUAUUUAUGAAGUCAUGCCUUGUAAAUGAACCCCCUUUGUUUCUGGCUGACGUUUUACUGCUGCUAUUACCUUGGGAAGUAAAGAGGUUAACCUCUUUUGAGUAAAUAGCUUGUUUGUUUGUGUGUGUGCGUGUGUGUGUGUCAGUGUGUCUGUUUUAAUUCCAUCCAACCCACGUCAAUUCCAGUACGAUCUCAGAACUUCUGUGGUCCAGGAUGCUGCAUUGUCCCCUCACUAGAGCAGAUGUUCCCUGUAGUCUCAGAUGCUGCAUUGUCCCCUCACUAGAGCAGAUGUUCCCUGUAGUCUCAGGUGAAGUCAUAGCAAGUGUCCGGGACACAAAUGAAUUACAUGCAUUACUUCAGGCAUACUCUGAAUUGUUUUAAAAAGUGUAAAAUGAGAAAAUGUCUGAUCAGUCAUGCUUUCUGUCUACCUCAAACUGCUUAACAGAGUUUGACUUUGCAGUCUUUGACUACUCCCUGAAAUGUUAAAUGUACUUAUUACAUAUCCUUGGGAGAUAUACAAGAGACCGCUGAUUACGUAUUAAACUUGGUUAUCUUAACAGGUUUUCCUUACCAAUCAUCUAAUCGAUACAGUUCAAACAGUGCAUGUGAACAAACAACACCUGUAUGUGUGAUGCAGUAUAAUACUGCAGUAAAGGCUUCCAAUGCCACAUGUGGUUGACUGUUGAAUCAGUACUAUUAUCGUUUUAGGCCGAGGUUUAACAGACGUCUGUGUCCAUGAUCACUUAAAACAUUGCACACUCGAGAACAAAUCACUACUGAUGACGUGUUUAAUUAAAUGUGACUUAGUGAGUUCAAUGCAUGCUUUUAUGACUGGUGACUCAGAGGGAUUCAUCAUUUGAAAAUGUGCAGCAGGGACCAUCACAAGUACAAACUUGUUCAGAACGUAAAUAUCAUAAAUAUUUUACCCUAAAUGUAACUGAAAUGCUGCCCAAUAAGACUACAUAUUAAUUAUCACUUAAUUGCUGCUGCUCUGCAUUCGGGACAAGUCACUUGAUGGACAGUUGUAUAAAUCCGGUUAAGGAAAAGCUCUUGAGCUGUUGUGGCAGCUUUGACAGGAGGCCCACUUAAUGGGUGCAGUUUGCUCUUCUGCUGACAGAUGGCAACAUCCACCCAUGUUAAUGUUAAAUAAUAUAGUGUUAAAACAUCUGUUUGAAAAUGUUAUAUCCUGUGGCUUGUGAUGUCUGUCAACCUUAUUUGGUGCACAUUUUACCUGUCAUUUACUGUAAUCUGAUUUGAGCAAAAAUUCAAGCACAUUUUAGCUUCACAAAGGCUGUUUUUUAGUGUGUGUCCUCCUGGUUGUCAUUGAAGUGUGUAUGUUUAGUAGUGGUGGUGUGAUACUUUUGUGUGUCCCUCUCAGGCUAUUGGUUUGAGCUCAUACGCACCAGCUUCUGGAUAGCUUGGUUUUCCUGUUGAAACCAUCAUCAGCAAUGUCAAUGAAGUAUUGAUUAAUUUAUUGGAACCCAUGUGUAUCGCACAUUUAGUGUUUAGUUUUUACAUUACAGCUAGUCGUUUAAGUGCUUAAACUUCAGUGAGUUAAUGCAGUUUAAAUGUUGGUUAUUUUGAAAGUUAUGUUCUCUUUGAAAAUUAACUCUCAUUGCCUUACAUCAUUCAUCUGCCAUUUUUGUACACAAUAUCUGCAAAUGAAAUGCACGCGAGUGCGGAUUAAUCACCACGCAGUGUUUAAGAGAUUCCUCUUGGUGGCCAUACUCGCUUAAUGUUUGUAAGUCAGGAGUGAUCAGGCUUUUGUUCACCAAAAGACCGUGUUAGGGUAUGAUGUUUGAUGGAACAAACUUGUUUUCAUUCCCUCCCUUUAAGAACUUGAGGUCUGUGUUGUGUCUUUUUCAUACAAAAAAAACUUGAUAUGUUUUGUUUCUGCUGGAGUGAUUGUUGAGAUGUAUUUAAAAAAAAAUCAACUUCAAUCAUUGUAAGCAAAGGAAAACAUUGUAUCACUGAUGAGUGACCCAAAGUGGUGUGCAAUCAUUGUUUUCAUCAGACGCCUUUUAGAUGCUUUAAAUUAUUGUCUAUAAUUUAUAUCGAGUGUAUAUAUACACACACUUGUGAUAUAUACAUGCACAUACAUUUAGUUGUUCAUUGUGAAUCCUACCAGCAACAAAGGUGACUUUUAGAAGGAUUGCAAAUGUAAUGAUAUUGCCAAAUGAAGAACAAGGAUAGCAUCCUGUGAUUUGUCCUGGAUGUCUUGUCAAUGUCCCAGAUAGUAAAUUAUAUGAUUUUGCUAGAGUAUAGACUUGCCUGUAGAUGGUAAUCUUUAUAUGAAGUCUAGAGAUCGACACCUAUGACAAAAACUGCCCCAGCACACCAACUGACACGGUUCUAGACAGCAGACAGCUAUUAAGGUCACUAAAGGGCUAAACAGUUUUCAGGGUUGCUGCUGGGUUGGACUAUUGCGAAAGAUGUACUUUACAUACACCACUGGACAUUAAUUGCGGAUGUUUGGAAAAGCAAAAGCUUUGUUAUUUUGUGGCAUGGAAUACUGUAUUACAUUUUGCUGUUUGAACACAAUUGGUUGAAGGUUGACGCUCCUUUUAACUCUCUGUGUGGUAAUGGUAUAUACUGUCAGGCUAUCCUACCUGACCCACUCCUGGCAUGCUCUCUACAAAGUCCUGUCCCAAAACCCUGCCACCCUCCCCCAGACCACCACUCUUCUCUUCUCUCCCCACCAACUUUGGCACUGGAGAUCACUGCACAAUGUCUUUAGGAUCAAUGUGUGGCCACAUAUGAGCGUGGACAGGGAAAAUAGCCAAACUUGUUCAUCAGUGAAAAUAUAUGUAAAUGAAUAAAGCAAAUGUAAAUGAUAUUUUAUAGAAUAAUUUAAGGAAUA